AUGGCUGCCGCAGCGGGUCGCUAUUAUAGCGAGGGAGGCAGAGCAACUAAAAGACAGAAAACUGAAAACAGCGGCGGAAUGGCCACGGAAGGUUAUGACGACCCUCAUAAAACCUUGCCCUCUGUGGUGGUCCAUGUGAGAGGUCUAGUGGAUGGUGUUACUGAAGCAGAUCUGGUGGAGGCACUGCAGGAGUUUGGCACAAUCAGUUACGUGGUGGUGAUGCCCAAGAAGCGUCAAGCGUUGGUGGAAUAUGAGGACAUGAGCGGUUCGUGUAACGCUGUUACGUACGCCAAUGAUAACCAGGUCUACAUUGCUGGCCACCCAGCCUUCAUCAACUAUUCCACCAGCCAAAAGAUCUCUCGCCCCGGAGACCAGGACGACACUCGCAGUGUCAACAAUGUGCUGCUCUUCACCAUCAUGAACCCCAUCUACCCCAUCACCACGGAUGUGUUGUAUACCAUCUGUAAUAACUGCGGUCCUGUGCAGAGGAUUGUCAUCUUCAGGAAGAAUGGCGUGCAGGCCAUGGUUGAAUUUGACUCGGUCCAGAGCGCUCAGAGGGCCAAAGCGUCCCUUAAUGGGGCGGACAUCUACUCCGGUUGCUGUACCCUCAAAAUUGAGUACGCCAAGCCAACUCGCCUCAAUGUCUUUAAGAAUGACCAGGACACCUGGGAUUACACCAACCCCAACCUUAGCGCCCAAGGUGACCCCAAUGCCAAUCCAAACAAGCGCCAGAGGCAGCCUGCUCUCCUGGGAGACCACCCACCAGAGUAUGGCGGCCCACAGAGUGGCUACGGUCACUAUGACGACACCUAUGGCCCCCCGCCGCCACCACCCCAUUAUGAGGGCAGGCGCAUGGGUCCGCCAAUGGGGAGAGGACGGGGGGGCCCACGAUAUGGAGGUCCGCAGUAUGGCCCCCCUCCCCCGGACUACAGCCCCCAUGCCGAUUCCCCUGUGAUUAUGGUCUAUGGCCUGGAACCAACCAAGAUCAACGCUGACCGCGUGUUUAACAUCUUCUGUCUCUAUGGCAACGUGGAAAGGGUGAAGUUUAUGAAGAGUAAACCUGGGGCAGCGAUGGUGGAGAUGGGAGACUGUUACGCUGUGGACCGAGCCAUCUCACAUCUCAACAAUAACUUCCUCUUCGGACAGAAACUCAACGUCUGUGUGUCUAAGCAGCAGGCCAUCAUGCCUGGUCAGUCAUACGAGCUGGAAGAUGGCACUAGCAGCUUCAAGGAUUUCCAUGGCUGCAGGAACAACCGCUUCACAACGCCAGAGCAGGCCGCCAAGAACCGCAUCCAGCACCCCAGCAAUGUCCUGCACUUUUUCAAUGGCCAGCCGGACAGCUCUGUCGAAAUCUUCAGCCAGAUUUGUGACGAAUUGGGUGUGAAGAGACCCACCAACAUCAAACUCUUCACUGGAAAGAGUGAACGCAGUGCAUCCGGUUUGUUGGAGUGGGAGUCCGUCAAUGACGCCAUGGAGGCCCUCGCCAUGAUGAAUCACUACCAGAUGAAGAAUCCCAGUGGUCCAUACCCAUACACACUGAAACUGUGUUUCUCCACAGCGCAGCAUGCUAACUAAACCCUUAUCGACCCACUCACUCCCCCUCCUCACCCCACUUCCCCCCACACGGUACGUCCACUUGUUGUGGUGCAAGGACACUAAAGAUGACCUUUUAUGUUGACCUCAGUCAAAUCGGCCCAGUGGUUGGGAGGCGGGGUUUUUGUACCAGUGUAGUGUUGAAUUUUCCGUUUUUUUUUU